AUGGCCAUCAUCCUGCUUCACAUGUUCUGGGACGUUGUUUUCCUUGAUGCCUGUGAGAAGCAGCGCUGGUGGGCGGUGGCAGCCAUUGUCAUCAGUCACUUCUUGGGCUACCCUGUCUGGCCUACAAUUAGUUACUUUAAAGAAUUGAAAUCAAAUGCUAAACAGUGUGCGCUGCUGUUUGUACCUCGUCUUCUACCGCAGACCUUCCAGAACCUCGCAAGCCUCGUUCCCACCUACGUCAUCCUGUUCCUAAUGAGAGAGGUUCCAAAUUCUGGCUUUGAGAGGGAGAUGACAUGCAGGACGUGGGGUCAGUACAACUUUGAGACCUUUGACGGCCUCUACUACUACCUCCCAGGCCGGUGCGCCUAUACUUUACUGAGGGACUGUGAGGAAACCACCCAGGCCAGCAUCGUUGUCCAGGUCCACAACGACCCGGCCUGUACUUCAGACCCCUACACUUGCCAAAGAUCUGUCAGCCUCUUCCUGCCAUGGGAGGGAGAAGUCAGGCUACAUGCCACCAAUGUGACCUUCAAAGGCCAAAGUUUGCAGCUGCCUCAUCACAUCCACGACCUGCAGCUGGAGCAGAUUUCACAGUACGUGCUAGUAACGCAGCAGCACGGCUUCACGCUGGCAUGGGAGGGACGAAGCGGCUCUGUCUACAUCAAGCUCAGUCCAGAGUUUGUGGGCAGAACUUGCGGCUUAUGUGGUAACUUUAAUGCCGACGUCCACGAUGACCUGAAGAUGAGCUAUGGUGUGCUGACUCAUGAAAUUGAAAUGUUUGGGAAUAGCUGGGUAGAGACACAUCCACAUGAGGAAAGAUGUCCUAUGGUGCCUUCUGGCUUCCCUUCACCUUGUGCUACAGUCGAAUCUCAUGUUUUACUGAAGGUGGAGGAGGUGUGUGCAAUGCUGCUGGAUCCACCAUUUCAAAGCUGCCAUGACUUUGUCAGUCCGCUGUCCUACAUGGCCAGCUGCUCCAACGACCUCUGCAUGUCGGAUCCCAAUGGUGAUGUGGUAUGCCAGGUGUUCACCGAGUACGCCCGGGCAUGCGCCCAUGCUGACCACCCACUGCAUGAGUGGAGGCAGCACAUUCCUCAGUGUGUGAAGCGGUGUUCUCUAGGACUGCAGCACAGGGAAUGUAUCAGCUGCUGUCCGGAGUCCUGCAACCUGGAGCGAACGUGUAUUGACAGUAAGCUCACCUGCCUGGAUGGAUGCUAUUGUCCCGAUGGUCUAAUAUAUGAGGAUGGAGGCUGUGUAAUGCCUUCUGACUGUCCCUGUGAGUACCACGGUAUGUUUUAUCCAUCUGGUCAGACGCUGCAGGAGGAAUGCAACACCUGUGCAUGCGUGGGUGGAGUGUGGAACUGCACUGACUACAGCUGCCCAGGCGAGUGCUCGGUGACAGGCGACAUGUAUUUUCAGUCCUUUGAUGGACGGAUCUAUACUUUUCCUGCAACGUGCCAGUAUGUCCUCGCCAAGAGUCGCAAUUCAGCAAAGUUUACAGUAACCAUCCAGAACACCGCCUGUGGAGCUAAUCUGGAUGGGGCCUGCAUACAGUCCGUUAACCUGGUAAUUGAUGAAGAUCCAAGAACAGAAAUUACUCUGAGUCACAUUGGAGAGGUCUUCAUUGCUGGACAGUACCGCAUCUCCCUGCCCUAUUCUGAUGACCUCUUCCACAUCCAGGAGCUAUCAUCAAUGUUUGUCCAGGUGAGGACGGCGUUCGGCCUGCGUCUGCAGUACAGCUGGAAGGAGUUUCGCCUUUACCUGCAGGCGGAUGAGCUGUGGAAGGAUGACACAGUGGGGCUGUGCGGCACCUUCAAUGGCAACAUUCAAGACGACUUCCUAUCUCCAUCAGGUAUGAUAGAAAGCACUCCUCAGCUCUUUGGAAAUGCCUGGAAGGUUUCGUCUGCGUGUUUGUCCAGCCUGAGUACGCCUCAGCUCGAUCCCUGUGAUACACACCAGCAGGCUGUGACCUAUGCUUCAGAAAUGUGUGAUGUGCUGAAUCAGGAUCUGUUUGCUGCCUGUCAUGAGUACCUCAGUCCAACACCCUUCCAUCAGCAGUGUCGCUCCGAUACCUGUAAGUGUGGGACGCCUUGCCUCUGCUCGUCGCUGGCCCACUAUGCUCGCCACUGCCGUCGAUUCUCCGUCAUCAUUGACUUUCGAUCACAGAUAUCUGACUGUGCUGUCACCUGUCCUGCCAACAUGCAGUACGGCACCUGUGUGUCCUCCUGCCAGCGCCGUUGCUCCUCCCUCUCUGUCCCGCAGCACUGUGGGGAGGAGUGUGAGGAAGGUUGCGUCUGUCCUCUGGGUUCCUUCUACAAUCACCGAACACACACCUGUGUGCACAGGAGCGAGUGCCCCUGCAGUUUCCUCGGAGCAGAUUAUGAACCAGGAGAUGUGAUCAUGACUUCAGCAGGCGUUCAGCUCUGUCUGAAUGGUAGACUGGUGUCCCAAACACAAACAGGCACAGACAGAUUGUGUCCAGAAGGUCAGAUCUACCAGAACUGUUCAGAAGGGGAGGAUGGCCUCCUGCCGGGAAGGGGUGUGUCCUGUGAGCGCACCUGUGAGUCUUACCUGCUCAACCUCACCUGCUCAUCACACGAGCCCUGUCUGGCUGGAUGUGUCUGCCCGCCUGGGCUGCUGAAACAUGGAGAUGAGUGCUUUGAGCCCGCUGCAUGCCCCUGUCUGUGGAAAGGAAAAGAGUAUUACCCUGGCGACAGAGUCUCUUCGCCCUGCUACCAGUGUGUUUGCCAGCAUGGGACGUUCCAGUGUGUAUUUCAGCCGUGUCCAUCGUUGUGCACGGCUUACGGUGAUCGCCACUACAGGACGUUUGAUGGGCUGUUAUUCGACUACGUUGGAGCAUGUAAAGUUUAUCUUGUAAAGAGCAGUGCUGAUAUAAUGCUCAGUGUCACAGCUGAGAACAUCGACUGUUUUGACAGUGGAAUCAUCUGCAGGAAGUCCCUGCUGAUCAAUGUUGGAAGAUCCUUUGUUGCUUUUGAUGAUGACACUGGGAAGCCAAAUCAUUCCAGUGUGAUUGACAGGAAGCAGAUAAUGUUCAUCUGGCCAGCUGGGUACUUCACAGCGAUUCAUUUCCCAGAGGAAGACGUCACAGUCCUCUGGGACCGAAAGACUACAGUGCAUGUCCAGGUUGGACCUCGCUGGCAGGGGAAGCUGAGCGGAUUGUGUGGGAACUUUGACUUGAAGACAGUGAAUGAGAUGCGAACGCCUGACAACAUCGACUCCCCAACACCACAGGAGUUUGGAAACAGCUGGACUGCAACAGAGUGUGUAAACAGUCCAGAUAUCAGACAUCCCUGCACUCUCAGUCCACUCAGAGAACCUUUUGCAAAACGACAAUGUGCUGUUCUGCUCAGUGAGAUCUUCCAAGCCUGCCACCCAGUGGUGGAUGUCACCUGGUUUUACAUGAACUGUCUAGCAGACACAUGUGCCUGCAGCCGAGGAGGCGACUGCGAGUGUUUCUGCACCAGUGUGGCGGCGUACGCCCAGCGUUGCUGCCACCAGGGUGUACCUGUGGACUGGCGUUCUCCUUCUCUAUGCCCGUACGAUUGUGAAUUCUACAACAAAGUUCUGGGUAAAGGUCCCUUCAGGCUCUUUACCUUCAGGGAUCGGACGACACUGUUGGCAGCCAGCAAAUCCAGCAGCUUUGUGUUCCUGCAGCGUGGCAACAUCAGCGACACCCCUGACAUCAUCUCGCUGUUCAUGAUGACACCUGGCCUCAGCAGAGCGCGACCACACGACAUGUCACGAGUUUCCUUUGAGGCAGCUGACAGGCCAAACUACUUCCUGUCUGCUAGCCCCAAUGGCCAGUUGACGUUGGCCAAGUGGCAGGAGAGCGAGGCAUUCUGGGAAAGAGCCACCUUCAUCCUCCGCAGGAACACCUGGAUCCCAGGCUAUGACUCACUCGAGUCCCAUGCAAAACCCGGCUUCUUCUUAUAUGCUGCUGUACCUCGCCUCUACCUAAUCAAAUACAAACACUUGGACAGCUUCCGCAAGGCCACGCUGUUCAAACUGUCAGGCCCAAACCCAGACGCCCCACCAGCUCCUCGCUGUCAGUGGAGGUACGAUGCCUGCGUCAGCCCCUGUUUCAAGACAUGCAGCGACCCGUUCGCUGAAGCCUGCAUCACCAUCCCACAAGUGGAGGGUUGCCUUCCUGUCUGUCCCCCACUCAUGGUCCUGGAUGAGGUCACUCAUCGGUGUGUGUACAUUGAAGACUGUAUUAAGGUUCCAGUCGCUGUGCAGCCCGUUACACCGUCUGCUGCACAGCCAGCUGCCACUUCUACAACCACUGCAAGUACUACUGCCUCCACCAGUACCUUUAAUACCACCACCUCCACUACUGCUGCCUCUGCUGCUCCUCCACACACUGCUCCCACAACCAAAAUCACCUCCACUGUUCCAGAGGCGAGUCUGCACACCAGCUCCUCAGAAACACCACCUGCCAUUAUCUCUCCUUCUGCAAGUCCUGAACCUUCCAGUACAAUAGAACCCCCAAUGCCUCCGGCAGUGCCCACUCCUGUGAGACCAGAGGUGGUGGAACCAUUGUCAACUGUCAAAGUGACAGUGGCUCCGCCCACUACUAUUAUGGGUACAACAAAAUGGUUGAGUGGACCGUUGAGCUCUGCUGUCAGUCCCUUUGGUCCCAGCACCUCUAGGACAAGUAGCACCUCUUUCACCACGACACCCCUGUUCUGGCUCACUUCUACCACCAAGUCCACCGAUUCCCUCCAGCCACUAUUCACCAUCACUCCUGUGACUACUGAGUCAGCAACCACCACUGCAGCUCCGACCACAACCUCUCUAGAGGGGACAACCACAAGGAGCACUCCUAUAGUUGUGCAGACCACAGAGGCCACAACACAUUCCACAAGGAUCGCUCCGAUCAUCACAGCUUCCAGCCCCAGUCCUGCUCUGGUCCCGGAAACUUCUCCUCCAUAUGCAGAGAUCGUUGAUGAUUGUACCAAGUACAUCUGUGUCAACAACCAGCUCGUCCUGUUCAACAAAUCCCAGAGCUGCCCUUACACUGCCGACCCUCCAAACUGUGGCCUGCUUGGCUUUGCUAUCCUCGUAAAUGGAGACAAGUGCUGCCCUAAGUGGGACUGUCCAUGUCGAUGCACAAUGUUCCCUGAUCUGAACGUGAUCACAUUUGAUGGGAACAGCGUUGCCAUCUACAAGGCUGCCUCUUUUAUAGUGACCCAGCUGCCCAAUGAAACUGUCAGUGUUCUGGUUCAGGAGUGUCCCGCUGACUCACAGUCACCACUCUUCUGGAAUUUUACCAACUUGUGUCUGGUGGCACUCAACAUCACCCAUAAAUCCAACCACAUCAUUAUCAACAGGCUGCAGAGGAGGCUGUAUGUCAAUUCACGGUAUGCUAAACCUCGAUUCAAAAAGUACGGCUUUGAGAUUUACGACACAGGCAACAUGUACCUGAUCCGCAGCCCGGCCGGUCUUAAGUUACAGUGGUACCACAGUACAGGGAUGAUGGUCAUCGACACUGACAGCUCCAGCAACAAGCUGCCCACCAUGGGCCUCUGUGGCUUCUGUGAUGGAGAUCCAUCAAACGACCUGAUUUUGGCAAAUGGGACCACAGUGGGUGAAAGUGAGGAUCCAGCUGUGUUCAUCGACAGCUGGCAGAUUCCUAAUACCACAAGUUACAUCAGCCACAGCCGCCGCCGUGAGCUCAACUGCUCUACCAGUGACUGCUCCAGCUGCUUCUUCAUGCUGCAGAACCAGGCCUUUACCCCCUGCCAUGCCUUUGUCCCACCCACCACGUUUUGUGAGGUUUGGGUACGAGACUCGGAGUAUGUGAACAACCAGUGUGUGGCUCUGGCUGCUUAUGUGGCUUCCUGUCACAAAUUCAAUAUCUGCAUUGAGUGGAGGAGUCCAAAUUACUGCCCCUUUGUGUGUCCCAAUACUCUGAGGUAUCAGGCCUGUCUACCAGCCUGCACGUCUCAGUCCUGCCCCAACCACGACUUUGAUUCUGAUCCAGAUCAGUGUUCUGGCCUGACUGAGGGCUGUGUGUGCCCUGAGGGAACACUCCUUCACCGGCCAUACUCUGCACUCUGCAUCCCACCUGACAAAUGCGCCUGCACUGACAGCGGUGGUGUUCCUCGUGCACAUGGUGAGGUUUGGAAAGCCUCGAAGGAUGCCUGCUGCAUGUAUCGCUGCGACAAUGACACCAUCGUUCCCGUGGAAUACAACUGCUCCAGCAUGGUGGCGCCUGCGUGCCGUCGAGCAGGGGAGGUGAUCAUCAGUCUGGCUGAUGACACCAGCUGUUGCCCACAAAAAGUCUGUGUAUGUAACCAGAGUCUGUGUGACCAGCUCCCUCCUGAGUGCAAAUAUGGGGAGAAGCUGGUGUCAUACUACAGACAGGACUCCUGCUGUCCAGACUAUGUUUGUGAAUGUGAUCCAGUGCUCUGUGAGUCAGACAUUCCCACCUGCAGAGACGACCAGAUUCUGAUUGCAACCAGAGCUGAAGGCAGCUGCUGUCUCGCCCACAUCUGCAUGUGUGCUCCCUGUGUGGAGACGCCUCCCCUCUGCCAGGAUGGUGAGAUUCUGACUGUCGACAGCAACACCACGGAUCGCUGCUGCCCCACCUACCAGUGUGUGUGUGAACCCUACAGGUGUCCUCAGCUCACGUGUCCUGUUGGGAUGUCAGUGGUUUCUGUGUCCAAUCCUGGUCACUGCUGUCCCAACCAAACAUGCGGGGGAGGCUGCCCAGCUGGACCGGGCCUUUCUAGCCGAUCCACAGAACCAGUGUGCCUGCAAAAGAUACAAGCUGUGUGUGUGUUUGGAGAGCGAGGAGUGUUGAGGCCCGGUCAGACUCUGGUUGAGCGUGGAGACGACGGUUUGUGUUACAGCCGGCAGUGCAGCCGCAGCCUUGACCCAGCAAGCGGCUUCCAUGUGCUCCACACUUUCAGCGUCAACUGCUCUAACCAAUGCCAACCAAAUCAGAUCUACGUGCCUCCCAAAGACCAGUCGACGUGCUGCGGAAUCUGUAAGAAUAUUUCCUGCAUCUAUGAGCAUGAGAAUGGAACAACAGGUCUCUAUAAGCCGGGAAGAUCCUGGGUAUCAAACUGCAUGAAGUUUGACUGCACAGACACUGUGGCUGGGCCCACACUCAUCUCCUACUCCUUCAGCUGCCCUCCUUUCAAUGAAACAGAGUGUGUAAAGAUCGGUGGAACUGUUGUAAGUUACAUGGAUGGAUGCUGCAAGACGUGCAAAGAAGACGGAAAGUCAUGUCAGAAGGUGACAGUGAGGAUGACCAUCAGGAAGAAUGACUGCCGCAGCAACAGACCGGUGAACAUCGUGUCGUGCGAUGGAAAGUGUCCUUCCGCCAGCAUCUACAACUAUAACAUCAAUACGUACGCUCGCUUCUGCAAGUGCUGCAGAGAGACUGGUCUGCAGCGGCGCUCUGUGCAGCUUUACUGCAGCAGCAACUCAACCUGGGUCAGCUACACUAUCCAGGAGCCCACUGACUGCUCAUGCCAGUGGUCCUAA